CCGCGAUAGCCAGUCGAAGCCGCCGGUUCAUCCACAUGGUAGCCGCCCACAUGCAGGUUCCGCCGCAACUGUCUGCUUCAUCGCGUCUGGGGUCAUUUGGCUUGAUUGCCGACGUCCAGUACGCCGACGACGACGACGGGUGGAACUACCGGCAGACGAAUCGUCGGUAUUAUCGCCAUGGCCUUCAAGUCCUUCGGUGGGCCGCCGCCGAGUGGAUCGACGAAGCCGCAACAGUGUCUCCUCGCAUGCGCUUUGCAGUGGACCUGGGAGACGUGAUCGACGGCAAGAACGAACCGGUGGGACAGUCGCUCUCGGCUCUUCGGGCGACCACCGCCAUCUUCGACGAGUUCCAGGACACCGUCGGCCCCGUGCAUCACUGCGUCGGCAACCACGAGCUGUACAACUUCUCCAAAGCCACGUACGUUGAGGAGCUCAUCAAGCACACCCAGUCGCGCCACGUCGGCGCCGAGAGCCUCCCGCCGCCGGGGACUUCCGUGGCGUACUACACGUUCACAGACCCAACGCUCCCGUCGUACUUGUUCGUCGUGCUCGAUCCGUACGGCCAAUCUGUCAUCGGCAGCCCCGUGGACUCGCCUGAAUAUGCCAACGCCGUCGAGUUUUUAAACGUGCACAACCCGAACGUGAACAAGAACUCUCCGCUGGGGAUGCCACGCGAUGAAACCCUCCGAUGCACGGAAUUCAAUGGCGCCGUGGACGACGCGCAGCUGGCGUGGCUGGCGCAAGUGCUGGCGACCGCCGCCUCCCAGCGCCAGAACGUUGUGGUCUUUUCGCAUGUGCCGAUUCAUCCAGACACGUGUCGGCCGGGCGGCGUGUUGCUGUGGAACUUUGCCGACGUUCAAUCGAUGCUGGAGCAACAUGCCGGUGUCGUGCGCGCCGUCUUCUCGGGCCAUUCGCACAGAAACGGAUACACAGAAGAUCGAGGCAUCCACUACAUGGUGUUCCAUGCCGCCCUGGAGUGUCCUCCCAGUGAAAACGACGAUGCGAAUCGGGCGUAUGCGACCGUGGACGUGUACGCCGAUGGGCUGCACGUCCGAGGCGCAGGGGUGAUUCCUACGCGGACGCUGGCCUGGUCCGCCAAAUAAACCAACACGAACAACCGAAGAUGAUUUUUGUCCCCACUGUUUGUACAGUCAGUAUGUAUUCCAACCACACGACGAUCAUCGAAUGAUAUUGGAUAAGAGGG